GGGGCGGGAGCGCAGGAAGAACAGUGAAAUGAGAGGAGGACCAUCAGGAGGUGGAUGUGGUUUAGUCUUUGAAUCCACCAGUCUUUAACCCCGUGCUGUGAAAUAUCACCUUAUGGCCACAAAAGGCUGACUGCCUAUUCAAACGCUCUUUAGCAAAGGCAGCCAAAAGUGAGCCAGGCCUCUGCACACAGUCUGUACUUCACCAUAGAAACCCUUGUCAACCAGGAAGUCCUGUAGUGGUGGAGCGAGAGAGAGAGAGAGAGAGUGAGAGUGAGAGAGUGAGAGUGCAUGUGUGUCAGUAUGUGAGAGGGACUUAACAGAGGUGAAGCAGACAGGAGCAUACAGGAAAACGGUGAGAAAGAGAAAGAACUGACCGAUUAAGCUGAGAGAGAGGUGAAAAGAGCAGGUUGAACCUGAAAGGUUAUUUUAUACGAAGCUGACCAAGCAGCACUUUGGGAAUUGUGUGUGUCCUGGGAAAUCUGUGCGUGGCUGCACUGUCACACACUUACACACCCACACAAACCGGCAGUGAGUCUGAGAUCUGACUGAUUACUGACCAGGAUCCCUGCAGAUGACAUGCAGUCUCAGAGAAGAGUGGCGGUGCAUGACCAUCUCAAUGGCUCGCGGAUCAUUUUCUCGGAUGAGGCUCUUCCCGGCAGUGGAUCCAGACAGCACUUCAUGGCUCCGGAUAUGACCCAGGAAGUAGUCGUAAUCUCUCCUGGUCUUCCUACACUGCCCUCAAGUCCGUUCCACAUCAGCUCAGCCCCUGCGUCUUCACAGCACAAGCAGGUCGCAGAGGUCAAUGGAGGUGGAUUAACAAGACAGAGUUUCGGAUCCUACUACGGGCCGACUCAGACAAAUGUUGGAUUAUCCAAUGGUGGGACACGGACCGGAGGUUCUGCCACGUUGCCCAGGACGUCUUGUACCGGAGAGGAGCGCUUAAUCAAGUUCUCUGGAAUAGGUCCUGUAGAUGAGACAGGCAUGCCAAUCGCAUCCCGAUCUAGCGUAAACAAACCCAAGGACUGGUAUAGGAGCAUGUUUAGACAAAUCCACAAGAAACCAGAGGAGUCUGAGCUUGACUGGAGAGAAAGGAAGCUGUCAUCAUCUCCUCCUCCAGAUUCUGUCCAGCAGGACGGGCGCUCAAACCCCUUCACCCUCACCCCUCACGGAGCCCUGCCCGACUGGGCUGAUCUGGGCGACACAGGGAAGCACCCAGAACCCAAGAGUAUUUUUGACUUUGAGCCUGGAAAGGGAGCAGAAGAGGACCGUAGUCGGUCUCUGAGAUCUGAGUCACAGCUGCCUUCAUAUCACAGCCCAGUGAAACCUCACUCCCAGUCUCCUUCCAUAGAGGCGACGCUUGUGUCAGAGCUGAACCGCUUUGAGGCGGAGCUGGACUCAGACAUUCGUGGUCUGGAGAGGAGACUGUCCCAGAAGCAGCAGCAGCGGCGAGGCAGGGGUGAGGGAGCUAAAACCAACUCAGCAACCAGAAGAACAGAAGAGAACAGACAAGAAAACAGCUAUCCCACAAUCCCCUGCUCUGCUGUAAAGGAGGGCACAACGGUGAACUUCAUGCAUGCUGAUGAUCACAUAAUGUCAUCAGACAUGGAUUUCCCACCUAAGAAAGAAGAGAGAAAGAUGAAAGCAGCGCGAGCCAAAUUUAAUUUCCAAGCACAGUCACCAAAGGAGCUGACCUUACAAAAAGGUGAUGUAGUGUACAUACACCGGCAAGUGGAUGCGAAUUGGUAUGAAGGAGAGCAUCAUGGGAGAGUGGGGAUCUUUCCCACCAGUUAUGUGGAGAUUAUUCCUCCAACAGAGAAGCCCACGCCAAUAAAGUCUCCCACCGUCCAGGUGCUAGAGUACGGAGAGGCUGUAGCCCUGUUUAACUUCAAUGCAGACCUGCCUGUGGAACUGUCCUUCAGAAAGGGCGAGGUGAUCUCUAUCACCAGGCGUGUUGAUGAUCACUGGCUGGAGGGGCGUAUCGCCGGCACCAGCCGCAGUGGAAUCUUUCCCAUCAGCUAUGUCCAGGUCAACAAAAUGCCCCGCACUAAAAGCAGCGAUGACUUUCCAUCUUCUCCCACUCUUACCCCAGAGCCCCUCAGCCCUGGUCGACCACAGCACUCCCCUCUGUCUCCCUUGUCACGCUCCCCUGAACCCCAGCUUUCACCUCACAAACACUCCCCUCUGUCACACGCAAAACAGCCUUCAAACCACUUCCCGUUUUCACCCACAAACAACCGGACCGGAUCGCUGCACGCUCACAGCCCACUGGAAAAGGACACCCGAUCACCCAUGUCUUCCUCCAAUCAUGUGCUGACAUCUCCACAGGGCCCGGGACUGCCAGCCAACACCAACUCGCACCCUCCGUUCAUUACACAGGAUGGGACCAGAACGCAGUCUCCACAGCACAAUGUAGAGGUUAAAAUUCCUUCCACAUUACAGUCUCCUGUGAACAAGGGUUAUUCACGACAACCGUAUAAAGCAGUUUACAACUAUAAACCCCAGAACAGAGAUGAGCUGGAACUGAGAGAAGGAGACAUCGUUCAGGUCAUAGAGAAGUGCGAUGACGGCUGGUUUGUAGGUACGUCUGAGAGGACCCAAGCUUUUGGAACAUUUCCUGGCAACUAUGUGGCACCAGUUUGAGAGCUUCCACCAGUUCUUGUUCACUGACACUACAGGCUCAACCACCAAUCAAUGCAAAAUACAGUCUGUCUGUACUGCCACUGCACUGUACACACAAAACCCCUGCCCUCCUCACCAACACAAAUAUAAAACCAGAAAAACUCCUUCACAUCCUCCAAGCAUGUGCACUCCUCACCUUACUUCUCUUGCAGACGUUGGACACAGUUGGGUUUGACCACUCACAAUGAAGCCACACUGAAUUAUUGACUAUUGAUUUUUUAAGAUGACUUACUCGAUUUUAACAUCUUUGUAAAGUUUACCUCCAUUUUGGUUUCAGAUUUGUAGCAACAUUGCCAACACUACAUAUCCUGAGGAUCUGGAUGUAAGACAUGGUUAAAACCGUCCGUUUUUUUCUUCUUUUUCUUUUUUCAGACGCUCAUCACAGUUGUCAUUUAUCUGUUGUGUUGGCUUAGCUGAUCGCCACAUCAUAUACUGUAAUAAUCACAGCCGCAGUCUUUGCAAUCAUUAUCAAGUGUCUGUAAGCGCUUAAUGCAGCUGUUGCCAAGUGUUUAAUCUUUCUGUAUUAGGUUCAUGUUAAUUGUGUAACAAACCCAGCGUUUGACAUUAUCUUCAGCUUUAGGUUUCAAACUCUUUUGAAUGAGUAAAUGUCUCCUGCUAGGUGAAAAAAUCAGUUAAGGUUUGAUAUGUUGUGGUGGGUUCCAGCCAGACUAGAUUAAACAUGGUUUUUGACUUUAUCAAUUUUAGAGAAUAUGUCUUAACCUAAAUGUAUGCUUACAACAAGAACUUAAAAUAUUACAUAUCUAUCAUGAGCUACUCUGAAUUUACAUGUUAAAACUGACACCUUAAAAUGAAGUCAGCUUGUGUUUAUGAUGUUGAAGCACAUGUGCACAGGUUUUAAGACAGGAGCCGGAGGACGGUUCACUGAUGGUUUAUGUUGGCUAUAAAAAUGGUUGCGGAAGAUGCAGGCGUUCACUGAAUUCCAUUAUUAACUCGUUUUGUUUUCUGUUUUUAAUUAUCUGGGAACUGAAGUAGCUGAUUGCAUGUGGUUGUACAGAUUGCCGAAUCGUUAUCACACAGUUAUCAAAUAAUGGAAAAAGAUAAUAUAUUUUUAUUGACACACAGUAUGUAUUGCAGUAUGUAAGGUACUCACAGAUUUGGAUAAUGAUCAAAUAAAUAAUGAAAAACA